AUGGUGAACAUUACGGAGAGGAUCAAGGAGAUCGAGGAUGAGAUGCGCCGGACGCAGAAGAACAAGGCCACAGAAGAAUACCAUCUCGGUCUUCUUAAAGGAAAACUCGCCCGGUUACGAGCCCAACUUCUCGAACCCACCGGGCCCUCGGGCGGCGGCGGUUCUGGUUUCGAUGUCAGCAAGAGCGGUGAUGCUCGUGUAGCGCUAGUCGGGUUCCCCUCCGUCGGUAAAUCGACGUUUCUGAGCAAGAUCACGAAGACGAAGAGUGAGGCUGCGGCGUACUCUUUCACGACUCUUACGGCUAUUCCCGGCGUGUUGGAAUAUGGUGGUGCGGAGAUCCAGAUUCUUGAUUUGCCCGGUAUCAUCGAGGGGGCUAGUGAGGGCAAGGGGAGAGGAAGACAGGUUAUUUCUGCUGCUAAGACGAGUGACUUGAUUCUCAUGGUCCUGGACGCUACAAAGAAGGCCGAGCAGCGUGCACUGCUCGAGGCGGAAUUGGAUGCCGUUGGUAUCAGACUUAACAAGGAGCCUCCAAAUAUCUACCUAAAAGCUAAGAAGGCCGGUGGCAUGAAGAUUACCUUCCAAACACCACCCAAGUACCUCGACGAGAAGAUUAUUUACAACGUCCUCCGAGACUACAAGAUGCUUAACUGCGAAGUUCUUGUCCGAGACGAGAACGCUACAAUCGACGACUUCAUCGAUGUUAUCAUGAAAGACCACAGAAAAUACAUCCCCUGCCUCUACGUCUACAACAAAGUCGACAGCGUAAGCGUCGAAUUCCUCGACCAGCUUGCCCGCGAACCACACACAGCAGUAAUGAGUUGCGAGCUCGAUCUCGCCGUGACAGAUGUCGUCGACCGCAUCUGGAAGGAACUGCGGCUGAUGCGCGUGUACACGAAACGAAAGGGCGUUGAGCCCGAUUUCAGCGAGGCUCUGAUUGUGCGAAGUAACUCGACGAUUGAGGAUGUUUGUGACCAGAUUCAUCGGACGCUCAAGGAGACGUUCAAGUACGCGCUUGUUUGGGGAGCUAGUGCUAGGCAUAUCCCGCAACGGGUGGGGCUGUCGCAUGUUGUUGCGGAUGAGGAUGUGGUUUCGAUUGUCGCGAAGUAG